ACUAACAGGUGUCUCGUCAUGAGAGACGAAUCUCCCAGAUCGAGCAACUUAACCAGAUGCCUCUUUAGCCAACCGAGGAGAUUAUCUGGAUGAGAACAUAGUCCCGAAUGAGUACUAUUCUGGUGAAGUUUGUCUGUCUCUCCCUAAACGGAGCCUGCAGUUCCUGACCCUCCACGACUGCCUGCUGAGAAACUUCAACCUGUCCCGUCUGGAGUCCACCUACGAGAUCAGACAUGACGUGGAGGACGUUGUGACUCGCAUAAAACCACGGUGAGCAGAGAACACACACCUAUAACUGAUGGCAGUCAGAGUGUGGUGUUUGGGGGCCAGCCAGGAUGUCUCAGACAUCACAGCCUUCUCCAUCGUGGAGGGCUGCGGAAGCACGACGUUUGCUUUCUGGUCACGGUGUGGCCCAAUCUGCCCUACGGCACACGCCUCGACCCGGCGCCAGCCCUUUAUGGAGCAGACAGGCCUGGCCUACGUGAGUGGCUGCGAGGUGCAGGGCAUGCUGGACGACAAGGACCGCGUCAUCGAGGAAGGCCUUGACCAGGACGUUCAGAGUGUGGCUGGACCCUAACCAGUACCAGUAGGACAUGACCGACAGCAUCCAGAACGGCACUGAGGACCCCUAUGAGUCCUUCAACAUCAUCAUGAGACGCAAACCCAAGGAGAACAACUUCAAGACUAGUGGGGGGGGGGACUGUAUUACUGCACAUUAAACAUGACCCAGUUUGGUAUUUACACUCCCUCUCUCUAUAUCCCUACCUCCAUCCCUUCUUCCUUUUCAUACUACCUCUCACCUUCCACCCAUCCUUUGCUUCCUCCCUCUUUGCCUUCCCUCAUUCCUCCCUUUAUUUGAGCACAGCCCCCAGGCCUCCCUGGCUUUUUAAUCUGUUGUUAUGCCAAACAACACUAUAUUCCAACUAUAUCAUUAGAAUAAUCAUUCUAUUUCUAUGAUUCCACAGAUCACCCAUGUGGUUUGAAAAUAUU